AUGUCUGAUGCUGGGAUCAAGUACAUCCCCAGCAACACCUUCUCAUUCUACGACCAGGUGCUUUACACCACGGCAAUACUUGGGGCUGCUCCUGACAGAUAUGGCUACACUGGUGGAGAGAUUGGACAUGACAUCUACUUUUCCUUGGGUAGGGGUAAUGCCAAUCUGCCUGCUAUGGAGAUGACCAAGUGGUUCGACACUCACUACCAUUUCAUCGUCCCUUAACUUGGGCCAAACACAAAGUUCUCCUACGGCUCCCACAAGGCUGUGUCUGAGUAUAAAAAGGCCAAGGUGCUUGGGGUGGAUACUGUUCCAGUGCUCAUUGGACCUGUGAUUUACCUAUUGCUCUCAAAGCCAGCAAAAGGAGUUGAGAAAUCCUUCUCCCCUCUUUCUUUGCUGCCAAAUGUUCUCCCUGUAUACAAGGAAGCCAUUGCUGACCUUAAGGAAGCAGGUACCUCUUGGAUCCAGUUUGAUGAGCCGACACUCGUGUUGGAUCUGGAUGCCCAAAAAAAUAAAAUAAAAUCGGAAGCUUUCAUCCAAGCUUAUGGGGAGUUAGAAUCUUUCUUCUCUUGCUUGAAUGUGCUUAUUGAGACCUACUUUGCUGAUGUUCCUGCUGCAGCAUACAAGACUAUGACGAGCUUGAGUGGCGUCUCUAGAUUUGGGUUUGAUCUUGUCCGUGGAACCAAAACGCUGGACUUGAUUAAGAGCGACUUCCCUGCCAACAAAUACCUUUCCCAGGAGUUGUUGACAGAAGGAACAUUUGGGCUAAUGACCUCGCUGCUUCCCUCAGCAUUCUUGGAUCUCUUGAGGCCAUUGUAGGCAAAGACAAGCUUGUUGUUUCUACCUCGUGCUCGCUCCUGCAUACUACUGUGGACUUGAUUAAUGAGUCUAAGUUGGACGAUGAAAUCAAGUCAUGGUUGGCUUUUGCUGCACAGAAGAUUGUGGAGGUCGAUGGUUUGGCCAAGGCAUUGGGUGGUCAAAAGAAUGAGGCUCUACAACCUUGGGACAUGUCACAGGUGUUUGGUGCUAUCAUAUUCAUGGUGAUCUGUCUUUGGGGCAUGACAACAUCAGAGGAGCCAAAGGUGUUGGCGAAUCCACAACCUCAGUGGUGGUCAUCUGUGAUUACCACCAAAGGAGAGUUGCUGCGACAAUAGAUCUUUGUCAUCACCAACAAGUGAAUGUUCAGAGGGUGAGAUUUUUUGUCAUCACCAAUUUAGUCAAGAUGAAUUUUUCAAAGUUCAUCUUGAGGGGGAGUGAUGGUAGUUCUAGGUCGUAGGGAAAUAGUGGAAUUAGUUGAGGGUGUUUUGGUAAAAGUUGUGUAUCAUUGCUCCCUAUAUAAUGGGGGUUACAGUUGAAUGAAUCUUGAGGUGGUUUCUGCCAUUCUCCCCUUUGUCCUUUGUGACGAGUUUGUUUUUUCUAUUUCCAACAGUUAUGUAGGACCAUUGGAAGUAUAAGGGCUUGUAAGGUCAUCUGAAUUUGGAUCUUCAUCACCAUAAAGGAUUCAAAUACCAUGUUAAUAGAGAAAUUAUAUGAAUAUGAAAGCACCCAUAAAUGAUCAUGUUCAAUGGAAGUUUCACCCUACAGAUAAUUAUGUUCCACUGUUUUUGUUCAAUUCCACAGCAUUGCAAAUACGUGGGUUUGGUUUCAAGAAAUUUGAUUGAAGUUUCUGUUGGUGUCUGAGCUCAAUUCCACAGCAUUGCAAUUUGAUUUGAUUGAAUAAGUUUUGAUAUGAACAUGAUAACUUGAGCGUGGAGAUUUUCCUAUUUUCCUAUGAAGUUCCAGUGUUUGAGCUUUGCUAAAAUCAAUUGUAGCAAGCCAAAUGUAGUAUAUCAGUAAAGCUAUGCUACUGGAAUUGGGGUGUAUUGUUGUGUCUUUGUACAAUUUUUACUAGUACUUUUAUGAUCCUAAUCCCCAAUACGUGCUGCAUUGGUGUUGUUGCCUCUGAAGGAGAUUUGUGAAGCUGAUUCUAUCCUAGUCACGAUAGAACCAGGUUUUUAGUUUCCAAAUCCCAGCGAAACAUUGAGAGGGUCAAACCCUGAUUAUCUCCGUGUAGUGACUGUUCCUUGCUAAGUCAUCAUCUCCUUGAGUGAAGUAGAACAAAAACACUCAACAGUCAAGGCGUCGUUGCUAUAGAUAGGAUUUUGCCUCGGUCUGGUUUGCAAGGCAGAAUUAAACAUCACACAAUCUGGUGCUCGCAUGAACUGGUUGGCCGUUGGGAUCCUACCUUCGGACAUGGGCCUCAGACAUUAGCUUGUUACUAUUUUUCAAAUGACUCCCUCUUCCGCAGUCAUUCUAUUGCAUGCCCUCAUCCUGUGAAUUUCUCCACAUGUAUGCCCUGGAUGUGAAUCUCUCUCUCUCUCUCUCUCUCUCUGACUCCCUCUUCAACAUCUGGUUGCAUCAAGUAGCAACAUCUGCUUUGGACACUUAGGGCCCUGUUGUUAGAGCAGUCGCAUAAUAUUGUGCUAACGGAAUGCCUGAUCGAGGUGUAUUCCAAAACCCUUGAGUAGGUACAUAUUGAAACGCCAUGUGUGCCCCUUUCCUAAGCAACCUACUACAGCCAGAGAAUGUUACAACACACUACGCAUGUACUAAAAUAAAAAUAAAAAUAAAGUAUGUGUGUUAAAUAAAAAUUAUGUUGCUGAUGACAAACAUAGAUAAGAUCAACUAGAAUAUCAAACAUGGUCAUUGAUCACAAACUUGAUUUAUCAUUAAAUGUUUUCUUACAUAUGAGUUUCAUUUUAAUUCAAUAUUAAAUUAUAUGUAUUAUAAAUAAUAAUAUAUAAUAUUUAAAUAUUAAUUCAAGAAAACAAUUGUGACAUAUAAUGCUGAAUUCUAAAAUCUGGUAGAUUUCACAUUCUAAAUUAUUAUUUUACGUAUGAUUGUGGAAAUUACUAUACUUGUAGAAAUCACUAUUGUGAAAAAGUAAGGUUGAUUAUUAUUGUGAAAAAGAUCUCUUGAAGUAAAAUGUGACUAUAAAUAUUUACCUAAUCUACUAUUAUUAAUGAUGCUUAUGUUGAUGUCCUUUGUUUUGAUAUUUGAUGUUACCUAGUUGUUAUAUAUUAAGUCACACAAAUUUAAAAUUUAUAUAGCUAGAAAACACUAAUUUUUAGAUUUUUAAAAUUAUUUACAUACAAAUAUAACACUUUUAAAUCAAUAAAGAAUUCUAAAAAUUGUGAGAUUUUUCGAAGUUGACCUUAAGGAUGUACGUUAAUAUCAUGAAAUAUUAUCAAUUUGUUCACAAAGAAUACCAUUUCAUAUGAUUUUUAGACUAAAAGAUCAUAAACAAUCUUUUUGAAAACUAAAAAAAAGGAAAUUGAGAUGCUAACAUCAUGCUGACAUCAUGGUGAGAUAUGUAAAUGUCUAAUAGAUCAUAAUGGAGUAAAGAUGAAUUUGAAAACUUAUAUUCAAACAAAACUAUCAUUAAUCUAAAUAUUUAAAAAAUAUAAAUAAAGAAAAUAGAGUUUUAAUGUUACGACAAUAAUUAUUAGAAUUUUGUAUGUUCAAAAGGUUUUCUAAGUGUUCAUAACCUUGAAGGCUCUAUUUAGACAUACAAGUGAUAAUUAUAAAUUAGUAGUAUUUAUGUAGUAAUAUCUUAUAUAUAGAUGGUAAUUAAUGAGUAGAUAAUACUAUUAUAUGUGUUACCAACUCAUUAUGACAUUUAUAAUAUUUUAUCAUUUAAGUCUUAAUAUAUAUUAUUUUAGUUAUUUUAUUUAUAUUAUGAGACUAACCCUACUUGACUUUUAUGAAGUUAAGUGAUAAUUCUCUCACAUUUUCUUGAUAAUUAUUUAAGUUCAAAGAUUUAAAUGAGUUCUUAGUAUGAGUUAGAAGUAAUGGAAGAAGUCCAAGCCUUCAACCCAAUAAAAAGCUUAAGUCUUAUGGAGAGGGCCGACUUAAUAUAUUUAUGAGCUCAAGAGAGGACAUCACUUUGGCCUAGCCCAUUUGGAGUUCAAAUAGUUAUCAAGAGAUAAGAUCUAGGCUGUCCAUCUUUAGGCAUCUUAAGAUGAGGUUAAGAGAAGGAUUAGAGUACUGCCCUCAUGGAAUUAAUUUUAACCAUCCAUUAGAGGGGCUUAACUCUCGAGAAGAUUAAGACAUCUCGCCCCCCUCUUGGAGGGGGCUUUUUGGCUCUCUUUCUAGUAGUGGCUAGUGGAAGAAAAUAGGAGGAAAAUCAAGACUUAAUCAACGACAUUCUCGUGCCCAAGAUUAUCAUGGAGAAUAAAUUACCUAGAGUGUAUUAUGGAUCGAGCAUCACUUGGCCUAGGACUGGCGCACAACGAGAUUUGUGCAAGAUUUUGAUUUGAAGAGUCUUUGUAAUCCUCUUCAUAGAUAGAUUAACUUUUAAUUCGAACUAAUUUUAUCAUUUGUUCCAUCAUUCUAUUAUAUUAGAUCUAUUCUCUCCUCUUUUCAUACUUUUCAUAACUCUUGUCUUCACCAUUUUACAUUUAAUUCCGUCCUUCACAGUCUCACGUAUAUAUAUAUAUCUAUAUAAGAAAUACAAUAAGUAAAAUUUGUACUUUCAUUGUCCAUGCUCCUUGAGGAUCGACCCUUACUUAUUCUAAAUAGAAGAGUGAGGUUUUAUAAAUAUUAUUUGUAUGAACUUGAUUGUAUCACGAUGGCGUAUUUAACCUCCAAUUCGAGUUUAUUAACAAGGCUUGGGCAUUGUCUAUAUUCUUAUGAAAUGUUUAAAAGGUGAAUAAAGGCAUUGAUGAAGUGUCUUCAACAACUAUUACCUUGUGAAGUAGAAGUUGGUGAAAAUAAUCAUUUAGUGACUAUCACCAAAUGGAACUAAGAUUGAUAGAAGUAGAGAGCAUCUUAUGGAGCUUCAUCCUCAAAUCCAUGCAGCAAGAUAACUCUCUUAUCGCAAAUGAAACCUCUAAAGAGAUAAUGACAAAUCUUUUAGUAAAUCCCUUUACCUUUGAUGAUGACUCAUUCAUCUCCUCAUAGAGAAUUGAGGUGAUCUAAUCAUUGCAUAAUAAAUCACUCAAACUUUAAAUUUAUAAAAUUAGAAAAUACUAAUUUUUAGAUUUUUAGAAAUAUUUUAGCACAAAAAAAUUAUUUUUAAUUUAUCAAAAAAAAUUAAAAAUAAUAUAUAUUUUUUAGGUUGAUCAUAGUGAUGUAAGAUAAUAUCUAGUAAAAUUUUCAUCAAAGAAUACAACUUUUUAUGAUUUUUAGACUAAAUGAUGAAGAUAAAAUAUAUUGAAAAAUCUAUGAAAAAGGAAAAUUUAGGUGCAAACAUUAGGAUGAUGUCAAUGUAUUGACAAAUGUGAUUUGAAUAGAAAUGGAGUUUCGUUAGACAAUUCUUAUGGAAAUAAUUAUAAACACUUUAAUUAAUAAAAUUAAGAUUUGUAAAAGCUAGAAUAAUCGUAAUUAAAUGAAGAAUACAUUAGAAACUUGAAAUCACAUAAAAUUUCACUAAUUUAAGUAAAAAUUAAAUUGAAAGUAUGAAAGUCAGAGUUCCAAUUUCGUAGUAACUAUUAUCUAAAUUCUAUGUUUAGAAAGAUUAUCAUGUGAUAUCCAUAGCCUAAAAGGCUCUCUUUGAAUAUGAACGAUGUGGGCAAUCUCUAAUUAUUCUUGUAAAUUUUAAAAAUUAAUGAAAUGAGUCAACGAAUCAUCUUCAGCAACUAUCACCCGAUAUAAUAGAAAUACAAUGACUUUUGGAUCUCUAGCUGCUAUCACUUGACAUAGAUAAGCUAGAUGGAGGUGGGAGCAUAUUUUAGAGAGUUUUAUCCGCAAGUCCAUGUAACAAGAAGUUGAUCUUCAUUGCAUCUAGUAUGCUCUCAAAAGGUGGUGACUCGUCUCUUUUUGACAAUAGCUCAUUCGUCAAUCAAUCAUAGAUGAUUUUCUCGAUAGAUUCGUGAUCUUUUUAUCCAUAAUUAUUCAAUAGCUGAUAAUGAUGCUUUGUGAAUUACAUUGAUGAUAUUUUCUAUUAAUGAUUGAGUGAUUAUGACGCUUAAUCAUUGAUUGGUGCUCUACAUAAUAAUCACAAUUUAAUUAGAUAAAAAUAUAAAGUUUGACUCUAAUGAGAUUCAAACCCUUGUUAGUUGCUUGGUUGUGAUAGAUAAAUAAUAUGAAUUACCUACAUACCCUUACCUAGUGAUGUCAUGGAGGCAUUUCCUUCUUAUAAAACAAAGGUAUUUUUGGUACUAAAUUAUUGAAAAACUAUUAGUGAGCAUUGGCAUAGGUUUAGUCUCACAUCAUCUCUUUUUUGAGUUUUGAGAUAAAUAUAUAAUAAUAUGUCUUCUCGUGACUUCGUUGAUGAUGUAGAAGUGGAGUGAUUCACACAUGCCCCCAACUUUUCCUUAGUCACUCGAGCCCUUUGCUCAUGGCUUUGCUCGAUUGUGUUUGCAGCCCGCUAGUGGGUCCAGUUGACCAGCGGGUCCCCCGACUAUACUUUUGACCUACUUGCAGGCCCAACUACUAGCAAGUCCCUUCUUUUUCUAUAUUUUUUAUUUUAUUUUUUAUCUCUCUUUAUUUUAUCCCAAAAAUAUACUUAUACAAAUUAUAUAAAUUCACAUAAAAUCAAAUAAUUAGCUAAAAAAACAUAUUAAUCUACUAAAACCCCCUUUUUUUACUUUAACAUAAAUAUAAAUUUAUUUAUCAUGAGUUAAGGUUUAAGAUAUAUUAUUAAUUAAUUAUUAACUCAUGAUAAUGAAAACUUAUCAAGAAUCAUUUUCCCCUGGAAACUCAUGAUUUUUCUAUUUGAACUCUUUAGUCAUGCAAUGGAAGAUUCAUAAUUUUCAUUGAUAAAAAUUCCAUCGAUGAUCGACCAUUUUUCUUGGUUUUUCCUUUUGACUAUUUUCCUACAAAAAAAUUACAGAAUCAAAAUAGAAGAAAACAUGAAUUUUGGCAUUGGUGAGCUUCAAACCUCUACUGAUCACCUAGUUGCAUAGGUGAAGCCACACAAAUUUCUAUUAUACUCUUGAAAUAAUGAACAUAUGAAUGCGCUACCUUCUCUUUACAUAGGAGUAUUUUCAUCAUUAAUUUAGUCAAUGAGAGUUGUCAACGAUUUAGUCCUAAUAAGUUGUUCUAUGGGGUUUUAGAUCUAUAUAAGUUUGGGCUAUCUCAUGUAUUUGAUUCCUUCUCCCAAAGAAAAAUGGCCAGGAUGACAAAAGAGUGAAGUGUAGAUGGGUGGUCCCCCCUCACACAACACACAUGUGAUGAGAUGAUACCUUGCCCCAUGCAUGGGUUCCUGACGUGACUCAGUCGUUGUAUAUUAAAUCACGCAAAUCUAAAAUUUAUAAAACUAGAAAAUACAAAUUUUUGGAUAUUUAGAAGUAUUUCUGAAUAAAUAUAUCAAUUAUAAUUCAAUAAAACUUCCAAAAAUAGCGGUAAUUUUCCAGGUCGAUCACAGGGAUGUAAUAUAAUAUAUGGUAAUUAUUCAGAAUUUUUCUCAAUGAAUCCGAUUUUCUAUGAAUUGUAUACUAGGAAAUGAAAAGGAAAUAUAUUUAAAAUUCACGAAAAAAAGGAAAUAAGGGUGCGGAUGUCAGGAUGAUGUCAGCACCCGGCGAACGCGAAUCGGGCGGAAACAGAGUUUCGCCCGGUGAUUCUUACGUAAGCGAUUACAGACGAUUUAAUUAA